AGGAUGAGCGCAGCCAGAAAAUGGCGGAUAUUGAGGAGUUACGGGUAGGCGAAAGUGCAAUGAUAGCUGGUUACUUCUUUGCGUUUUUCAUAUUCUGAAGACAUUUUGCAGUUACCGUUUUAUUAUGCUAUUUUACCGGUCGGUUUGCUGCCCAUGUGUUAGUUUCUUUAUAGUUAAUAGAGAGACGUCACACCACUCCGUUAGAUGGAUUGUGUUUAGCUUGUUAGCCACCAACCAGCUGCUCUUUUAGCUCUUGAGCUGCUACACAAACAUUGAAGAACAGCCUCAAAAUAUCACUGCUUUCAUUACCAUCUUUCACUGCAUGAAAACGCUUUAUUAUAAUGCCUAACUGAACUUGACGACUGUUCGCUGCAGAUGCAUUUCGGUCAUUUGUUAAGGAUUUUUAAAGAAAAAAGGAUUAACACAUAAGAACAAUCAAGCAUGGACCAUGUAAUGAAGGAAUAUGGUAUCAAGUUUCCGUGUCUCAGAGCUCCAGGUACUGUUAGGUUUUGCUGGAAGGAAUAAGAGCGGUCGCAAGCAUGAACUAUUGCUGAGGGCUUUGCAUCUACUAAGGAGUGGUUGUAGUCCUGCCGUGCAGAUAAAAAUAAAGGAACUGUACUGUCGGAGAUACCCAAGGACAUUUGACGGUCUUCAAGAUUUGGCGGCUCUAAAGUCAAGCAUUAAAUCCUACUUUCACAUAGACAGUGGUGCCACAAUUGUGAGCUCAGAUCUUCCUCUGCAAACCGGUCAUUCAGACCUGCAGCUGCAGCAGGUGAGCUGCGAUUCACCUGUGUUUCAUGAAUCAAAGCCCAUGAUGAAUAUGCAGCAGCCCACGCCACUUAUGGCCCCCGUCCACCCGGACGUGCAGAUGAAGGCCCUACCGUUUUACGAUGUUCUGGAUGUCUUGAUUAAGCCAUCAAGUUUAGGGACCCAUGCCGUUCAACGGUUUCAUCAUGAGAAGUACUUCAUAUUUGCAUUGACUCCACAACAAGUGAGAGAAGUUUGCAUUUCUCGGGACUUUCUUCCAGGUGGAAGAAGGGACUACAUGGUUCAAAUUCAGCUACGGUUUUGUCUAGCAGAGACCAGUUGUCCACAAGAGGACAAUUAUCCAAACAGCCUGUGCAUCAAAGUCAAUGGGAAGCUCUUUCCCCUCCCUGGAUAUGCACCGCCUCCUAAGAAUGGUGUAGAGCAAAAAAGGCCCGGCAGACCGCUGAACAUCACAUCGCUGGUCAGGUUGUCAUCUGCUGUACCCAAUCAGAUAGUAGUCACGUGGGCACCUGAAAUAGGGAAGACAUACUCCAUGUCUGUUUAUCUGGUGCGGCAGCUGACCUCCCCACUGUUACUACAGAGAUUAAGAAUGAAGGGGAUCAGAAACCCUGACCACUCCAGAGCAUUAAUAAAAGAAAAACUCACGGCAGACCCUGACAGUGAAAUCGCCACAACUAGUUUACGAGUCUCACUCAUGUGCCCACUUGGCAAGAUGCGCCUUACUGUACCCUGCCGAGCUGUCACCUGUUCCCACCUGCAGUGCUUUGAUGCUGCUCUAUACCUGCAAAUGAAUGAGAAGAAGCCCACCUGGAUCUGUCCCGUCUGUGACAAAAAAGCCGCAUAUGAGAGUCUGAUUAUAGAUGGGCUCUUCAUGGAAAUACUCAAUGACUGCACAGACGUUGAUGAAAUCAAGUUUCAGGAGGAUGGGACUUGGUGUCCAAUGAGACCAAAGAAGGAGACGUUGAAAGUGUCAUCUCCAUGUAUCCCAAAAAUUGAUUGUGCUGUCCCAGUGAGACAAAGUACAGUGGUGCCACCCCCAGAAACCGGCAGUACAAAAAAAGCAGACGUAAUUGACCUUACACUAGAGAGCUCGUCUGAUGAUGAUGAGGACAGCGAUCCUCCUCUGAAAAAGCGCUGUGUCUACAUGUCAAAGGCUGAGGAGAUGCACAGCAAAGGGGUCUUGACUUAUCAGCCAUCAACUGUCCGGGUGCCAAAUGUCCCGGCGCUGGACACGUCAUACCUGACCUCAUCAAUAGCGGACUACGUUCCAUUCCACCAUUCGACCUUAUCCACUAUUCCCACAGAUAUGCAAAGUCUUGAUUUAUUUUCUCUGAUUCAAGGGGACCCCCAGUUUCCUUUGUCUCUUCAGCAACAUUACAGAGGCCCCAUAUUUUUAGACAACCUCUCCAGCAGCCUUCAGAGUGCCACCACCAGCACCAGCCUGGUUUCCUCUUCCGCACAGUACGAGACGGCAACCCAUAGCAGCAGCUCGAGUCAUGAGACGGGUGUCAUCACGGGAGGAUCAGACAUUAUCUCACUUGACUGAAUCCUGGUGCAUCUUUAUUGACCAGUCACCAAAACAACUACACUCAAGUCAAGUCAGCUAAGCGAAAACAGUUUUGACAUUUGACUAUGGACCUCAAGAAUCAUGGUUCGACAAGGACCCAGAAGGACUGCUAUGAAAAUCUUUGAGUGGGUCAGCAACAAUACUGUUUUAAAAUUCAAACCUGAAUUAAGCUGUUUUCCCUCGAAUUGGGGAAACUGUCGGUAACACAAUGACUUUCUUCCAUUAGCUAUUUGAUUGGAAGAGCAGAGCAAAACAAAUGGCAUAAACGAGUGGACUGGAAAGCUCAGACACGUUCAAUAACGGCACUCUUGUCUCCAUUGUGUGUGUUGCUUCGGCAGUUCUGCAGUUGAAACGGAAGCAGGUUUUCAGCGGCAGCUCACUUUAUUUGUCUCUUCGAUUUCAGCAGUGCAAUUACUUUUUGUUACAAGACUUCAGUUGCAGCAAUAAAAACUGUUGUAUAUUUCAAAAAAAUGUUUACUUCUCUGAUAUCAAGGCAGAAUGUGUCAGCAGAUCUUUUUUUAAUUAUUUGAAUUUUGUGGUUAUUUGCUCAAGGGCCAUUAGAUUCCCUGUUGCUGAUGCGGUAAACCUAUUUUGAAUCUGUAAUUUUAUAUGGAAGUUGUUUUUGCUAUCUUAACACAUCUAACAUAUUCACCUCAGAAACUGUAAUUUGAUUGUUGAUAAAACUGAGGGAGUAAUUUGUCUAAUUUCAUGGUUCUUGGUCAUUUAACAACCAGCAGCUACAUGUGUAAUGAAAAUGAAGCCAUUCAUUGUUUUUUUUUUGUUUUUUUUGUUUUUUUAAGAUUAUGCAUCAAAGUUUUGAUAUAGGAUGAGGAUUAUAAAAUAUCAUGAAGUCUUUUAGAAAUUGGCAUUUGUUGCUAAUGGCUUACUUAAUAGACACAAGUUGCAGUUUGAAUUCUUCUUAUAUGGUCUGACUUAUUGGAUUAUGAGCCAUAUGACAUACUGUCAUUUUGACAGUCUGAAGGCAUGUGAGUGGUUGUUUAUUUCUUUUUAGAAUUUCCUCCUUGUUACUUGUGUACUAUUUUGAGUCGAAGAUGAUUAUAUAAUGGAUGUAAAAAAACCAAACAAACAAACAAUGAUGUGCUGUAAAUGUUGAUACAGUGCUUUUAUUGUCCCUCUCAGUCAGGGCUGAGGUUUUUAAUCGACAUAGCUCUCCAUUAAUGAUGGCACAGGUAAAGCUGUUGAGAAUCUUGAAUUCUUUGCCCAAAGGAGGGAACAAUUUAAGAUACAUAUACAUCCUAAGACAUGUAAAUCAAUACACAGUGAUUAGAGUAUUAUUUCAUGUUCAUCUGGAAAAAUAUAUUUUUAAAGUUUAA